AUGGGCUCUUCUAACAAGGACGGCCCCUCGUGUCUUCCAGAAGUACAUAAAGAGCCGAAUUUAGCCAUUUCUGAAUCUACACACUCGUCCGAUUGGUAUUCUGCAACAUCAUCUGAAGAUUGUUGGCAAGGAGCUUCACAGUCAUUUUCCGGCGGCAAAUCCAACGGAAAACCAAUCACACAGAAGGAAAACUCGGCGGCGGGAGAGAAGAUGAGUUGUGAGAUGAGCGACCCGAAAUCUUGUUCAUUUGUGCCGGAGAAUAACGAAAAAGAUAGCAUUCAUGUAGGAAAUUUUGAGCUGAAAAAAGGAAGAUCGUAUUCUAACCCGGAUUUGUUGGUAUCAAUGAGUCCGCUGGCAUACAGAGGCGAACAAGGAAAGCAGGAGAUGAUCGCAAGCAGACAAGAUCUCAAAGAAGAGACUACAGAAAUAGUGGCGGUUGUAGAGACUGUUCAAACUGAUGACACUACCACUACAACAGCUGUGAUCACAAGCACCACCAUGUCCGGAACUGCAUCGCAAGACGAUUUCAUUCUGGUAGAAGCGGAACAGGACGAGCACAUUGGCCUGUGCGAUGAUACCAUGCCACUGGUUGAUAAGAAAGACCUUUCAACAACAAGUGCGACCAGCUCACCAGCUCGUCAAAUCACACCACGUGUCGAAAGUGGAUUGAGCUUUGAGAGAGUUGUCUCGCUGGUGAGCGUCUUCCCAGCGAUGAUCAACAAGUUGCUCAAUAAACCGUGGUAUCCAUCGAGAUGUGACGAAGUGAUUCAGUUUCCAAAGGAAGAGCUUCAUAACUAUGAAAUCGUUCCAACUGAGGUGGACGAUGAGCAUUUUGUAAUCGUCACCGGGAUCAGAAGCGCCGAGGGACGACUUCCAGAUAGCAUUUACCAUUUGGUGUUUGCUUAUGACGGAUUCUUCGAGACGGAUUCAACUCGCCCAUUCAGCUUAUUCCGGGCCACAGACAAGAAGGAUCUUAUGGAUCUUCUCCACUUGUGUGAUGAGAAAUCUUUUCUAUUCACUUCUCUAGACACCACCCGUACCGAUAUCCGGUCCAAGAUUGAAGAGCUGGUGAUUCAAAUCCGACUGAAACCCCACUACCAUAUGAUCCACGUGGCUAUUGCAACCGAUCGUUUGGAUUUCUUCUCGGAUGAUAUGAUCGCUGCGAUGAAUGCUUCAAUGGAGCCGUUUGCAAGUCAACUGCGAUGCUUGUGCCACACUGAAAAUUGCUACCCUGUGCAUUUGGCGCUGGCAAUGGACCGGCAGAAAAUUGUGGAGAGACUUCUGGAACUAGAUCCAACUUUGUUCUGUGAGACGGACAAGGCUGGAAACAACGUGUGGCAUCACGCGUCUAGCAGCUUUUGUGCUCAGGUGAGCUUUUUUAGAAUCAUUUGGGAUAAAUGCCCGGAAUCAAAACACUUCAUCGACGAGCGCAAUAUGGACGGCCAGAGCCCAUUAAACGAGGCUGUAAGCGCCGCCAAACCUCUGGUCGCCACUUUUCUCAUCUCGAAAGGCGCCAAAUUCACCCGCGGAGAUCGGAAUGAAUUGUUCGUCGCGAUGACGUCAAAGAAUGCGCAAAGUGUGGUGGAGGUGGUGUUGAUGGACAAACCAGAACUUGCGCACGAGCGUGACGCACUCGGAAACAGUGCGAUUCAUGUUGCAUUGUACAAGGAGUCGUUAAAUGCGUUGCUCAAUAAGAAAGUGGAGUUGGGAUUGGAUAUUGAUGUGACCAACAAUGCUGGAGAGACGGCCUUGUUGUUGUUUAUCACUACUAGGAAGCCCGAUCUACUCCCACUUCUGGUCACACUCUAUGCUCACGGAGCCAACAUGAAUGCCACGGAUCGUCAUGGAAACACUGCUCUUCACAAGUCAGCUGCUCUAGUAGACGCUAGAAGAAUCAGUCUUGAGUGCGUCAAAUUCCUCAUCUCCGCCGGUGCGGACUCGAACAAAGUGAAUCUCCGUGGAGAGUCUCCUAGACAUUUGGCAGCGUCACUUCAGAACCAAGAAAUGCUGACGAUCUUGAAAGCUGCUGGUGCUAAACGCUGUCCAAAAGGAUACAAAGGCUGUAGAAGCAACUGCAGAUUCAACGCAGCAUCUUUUGAUGAGGAGUACGAAGAGACGAUUCAGAACAUUCACAUCGGAAUUGAAACUGAUUAUGAGAAGACUGAGCUAUCGGCUGCCGAGAGAUUGAAUAUUGAGCAGAAUCUGGAGAACUCUGGAAAGUGCAAAAAAAACAAAGUCAACUUGAUCUCUAUGGAUGGAGGCGGUAUCCGUGGAUUGGUCAUUAUCCAAACUCUUAUUGCUAUCGAAGAACGUCUGGGAGAUGAUAUCUUUAAGUAUUUCGAUUGGUCGGCUGGAACGUCAACUGGAUCUCUGAUUAUGGCAGGAUUGGCGACUGGAAAGAGUCUCCGGGAAAUGCAGCAAACUUAUUUGCUUCUCAAAGACAAGGUCUUCGAUGGAAUCAUGCCACCCUAUGAUACAGUUCAGCUCGAGAAGUUCAUUCAAGAUCAAUUCGGAACUGGAACUGUCUGGGACAUCCCGUUCCCACGACUAAUGAUCAGUGCGGUUAACUCAGAAAAACUUCCAGUGCGAUUGGAGAUGGCUAGAAACUACAAACCAGCUGUGGACCUUGCUCCGGAGACACCAAGAGAGAUGCCACUAUGGAUGGCGCUUCGUCGGUCAACAGCCGCACCAGUUUUGUUCAAACCUUCCGAGGAUAGAUACAUCGAUGGUGGUAUAAUUUCAAACAACCCAGCGCUGGAUCUCAUGAGUGAAGUUCACGCCUACAAUCGCCAACUCCAGUUAAGCGGACGCAAACAGGAAGCGGUGCAGAUGAAUGUGGUGGUCUCGUUUGGAACCGGACAGAUACCCAGCACAAUUAUUGAGACGCUGUCGAUUGAUAGUAACUCACCACUUCAAUCCAUCAAGACUAUCAAAAACUUGGCAGCGAUGUUCAUUGACCAGGCGACGGCUUCUGAAGGAGCGCCAGUGGCAAGAUCGAGACAGUGGGCAGAUUCGUUGGAAGUUCCGUUUUUCAGAUUUUCGGCUCCAUUGUCUAAGAACAUAUUCCUUUCCUCCACUAGCGACUUGGACGUCUGUACCAUGAUGUGGGACUCCUUCAUCUAUUGUCGUCAACACCGUGGAUACAUUGAUGAGCUCGUGAGACUUCUCAAAUUCGACGACGCCCAUCCAUACCAAAAAUCUCCAUUUGCAGAACUUUAA